UCCCCUGACCAUAGACAUAAGAAUAGAACGUCCACGCUGGACUCCGAAAGAGCGGGUUGUCUAGGAAUAUAUUUUGCUUCUUUUCUACGAACGUCUAUGACUAACUCCCUUUUCCGGAAUGGACUCAUGAAGUUCGUCCUCCCAAUGUCAGCUAUGCGAAUUCCUUCUGUUUCUCCGAAAAGAACAACAAAAAUGGGGUCAAAAGGAACCAGGAAGUCUUGGCUCUAGACAAUGGAAUUGUAAUUCCUCUGAAUACCAAAGAGUGAUAUCUGCCAGAGCGGGCAGCAUAACUGGGCGUGAUGACUCCGUCGCCCUCUUUGUUGUGGGCAAUCGAUACCACCACAUGAUAUUCGUCUGAGAGCCGCCAUCUUGAGGUCAAUGCUGGGAUUCUCGCCAUGGAAUCGUUACCGGCAAAGAAGCUUCUUUUUUCGCAUCCACAUUCCACACCCUUUCUAUGUGUUUCAGGGCAAAAAUCUGGAUGGCAUUUUAGCAACACAUCCAACUACUUUUCUUACACGUAUCUAAAUUAGUUGUGACUUUAAGCCCAGCAUUUAGGCUUGUCAUUAAUUGUGGGAAGCUGCAGUGUUUACAUUUUAUUUUAGACAAACUGCACUGUGCAUAUUAUGAAAACCAUUGUUGGGGGCGGGAAAUAAGACCAAUACUGAUAUAUAUUUUAAAACACACACUGACUUUUGCAGAAUUUCCUCCAUGCCAAUACUGAUUUUAGACCAUUGCAAAACCAAUGUACAUACUUAUUAAUAGUUAAACUGAUUGUAUAAAGCCAACGAUAAAUAUCAAAAAAUGAGUGCCCAACCUCCAACAGCAGAUAAAGGACUGAAUACCACCCUUAUGUGUCAGGAAAGCUAUGCCUGCAGUGGCACCGAUGAAGCCACCUUUGAGUGCGAUGAGUGUGGCAGCCUGCAAUGCCAGCGGUGUGAAGAAGAACUGCACCGGCAGGAAAGGCUACGCAACCAUGAACGGACCCGUAUUAAAGCUGGCCACGUCCCAUACUGUGACUCCUGCAAAGCUGCCAGUGGGAGCAUCCUGCCGAGCAAUACUGCAAGCUCUAGACAAAGAGCAGCAGUAAGGUGCCAGGCAUGCAAAAUUAACUUAUGUGUAGAGUGUCAGAAGAGGAAUCAUGCUGGUGGAAACAAGAGGAAACACCCCAUUACUGUAUACCAUGGUGGAAAGACCCAUGAACAGGAGGAGUUGGAGGGGAUGGAUGAGGAGGCCAAGAGGAAGAAGAUGACGGAAAGUGUUGUAAGCUUCCUCUUGGUGGAUGAAACAGAAGAAAUCCAGGUGGCGAAUGAAGAAGAAUUUAUCCGGAAACUGGACUGCAAACCCGAACAGCACGUAAAGGUGGUAUCUAUUUUUGGGAACACUGGAGAUGGCAAAUCUCAUACCCUUAACCAUACUUUUUUCUAUGGCCGUGAGGUCUUUAAAACAUCUCCAGCACAGGAGUCUUGUACAGUAGGGGUUUGGGCAGCCUAUGACCCUGUACACAAAAUGGUUGUGAUUGACACAGAGGGUCUUCUUGGGGCCACUGUAAACCUUAGUCAGAGAACCCGGCUGCUUCUGAAGGUCUUGGCCAUUUCAGACCUCAUCAUCUACCGCACACAUGCUGACAGACUUCACAAUGAUCUCUUCAAAUUUUUUGGAGAUGCUUCUGAGGCCUACCUAAAGCACUUUACCAAAGAACUGAAGGCAACCACAGCCCGUUGCGGUCUGGAUGUUCCCUUGUCCACUCUGGGUCCUGGAGUCAUUAUCUUCCAUGAGACUGUAUACACACAGUUACUAGGUGCUGAUCAUCCUUCUGAGGUACCUGAGAAACUUAUCCAGGAUCGGUUCCGGAAACUGAGCCUCUUCCCUGAAGCCUUCAGUUCGAUUCACUACAAAGGAACAAGGACUUACAACCCACCAACAGAUUUCUCUGGGCUCAGGCAUGCUGUGGAACAGCAGCUAGAAAAUAAUACCACCCGUUCUCCCCGCCCCCCUGGAGUGAUCUACAAAGCACUUAAAGCUUUGAGUGAUCGGUUCUGUGGUGAGAUCCCAGAUGAUCAGAUGGCCCACAGCUCUUUCUUUCCAGAUGAAUAUUUCACCUGUUCUUCUGUGUGUCUGAGCUGCGGGUGUGGAUGUAAGAACAGCAUGAACCAUGCAAAAGAAGGAGUUCCUCAUGAAGCCAAAAGUCGCUGUAGAUAUACACAUCAAUAUGAUAACAGGGUGUUUACCUGCAAGGCCUGUUAUGAGCGUGGGAAUGAGGUUAGAGUGGUGCCAAAAACGUCAGCUUCUACUGACUCCCCUUGGAUGGGCCUUGCCAAGUAUGCCUGGUCAGGGUAUGUAAUUGAGUGCCCCAACUGUGGAGUUGUGUACCGUAGCCGACAGUACUGGUUUGGGAACCAAGAUCCUGUGGACACUGUGGUCAGGACUGAAAUUGUGCAUAUCUGGCCAGGGACGGAUUGCAGUCUGAAGGACAACAACAACGCUGCUCAGCGCCUCAUAGAUGGGAUGAAUUUCAUGGCACAGUCAGUGUCUGAACUGAGCUUGGGACCCACAAAAGCAGUGACCUCUUGGCUGACAGACCAAAUCGCUCCGGCCUACUGGAAACCCAAUUCCCAGAUUCUGAAUUGUAGGAAGUGUGGCAUAUCAUUUAAAGAAAAUGACACCAAACACCAUUGUCGGGCUUGUGGAGAAGGUUUCUGUGAUGGCUGCUCAUCCAAAACCCGCCCUGUCCCAGAACGGGGUUGGGGGCCCACACCCGUGCGAGUGUGUGACAGCUGCUAUGACAGUAGGGGCAUUCAGUUAGGUAAACCUGCCCUGAACAUAGAAGCUGUGCCUGAGGCUCCAACAGAUGAGGAAGGAGGGACUGUGAUAGCCAGGAAGGUUGGUGAAGCUGUGCAGAACACUCUUGGAGCUGUUGUGACCGCCAUCGACAUCCCAUUGGGUCUUGUGAAGGAUGCUGCCAGACCGGCUUACUGGGUGCCCGACCAUGAAAUUUUGCACUGCCACAACUGCCAGAAGGAAUUCAACAUCAAGCUCUCAAAGCACCACUGUCGUGCCUGUGGCCAGGGCUUCUGUGACGAAUGCUCACACGAACGCAGAGCUGUCCCUUCUCGUGGCUGGGAUCAUCCUGUCAGAGUCUGCUUUAAUUGCAAUAAAAAGCCUGGAGAUCUUUAACCCCAGCUUCCUCUUUGGGUCCUCCGUAACACCUUAGCUUCUCAGGGUUAGACAAAACAAAAACAAAAGAUCACCCUUUUUAACCUUUCACAGUCAGAGUGCAUGCUUCUGAUCUCUGGCCUCUUUCAUGUGCAGAUUUCAAUAAAAUUGUUGAACAGCUAGUUUAAACAAGCCCUACAGGGCUUGAUUUCAAACCAGACUUGAAGUUUUGGGGUGUGUGGAGAAGCUUGCAGAUAAAUGAGGAAUCCAAAAUCCAGUGUAUUAUAUACCAGUUAAAAAUAUGUAUCUCUAUAUCUAUAUAAUUUAGUAUGCUAAGAAUGCAGCUGGCUGAUGAAGCAUUGAUGAUUUACAGGUGAAUGAACCAAGCAAAGGUGAAUUUGGAACUGUUUUCUGAAGUGCAAUGGGUCAAAUACAUCGCCUCCUGAGUGCCUUGGAAUUCUUAUGUGUGACACAUACAUCAUAGAUUUAGGAAGAUUUUGAUCCUCUAUGGUUUGAGAGGACCAUAUUAUGAGGUGGUCCCUGGCUUUGGAUCAAGAGUCUUGGGCCUCUUGAUCCAAUUCCCUGCAGCUCCAGCACCCAUAUUUAUUUUACCCCAACCCUGCAGAUUUGUUAAGGCCUUGUCAUUCAGAGCAAAUAAGUUUUCCCAGGGCUGAAAGCAGUGAUAGACACUGAGAGGAAUGCCCCCUCUUCUUGGGAGUUGAUCUGUGCAAGUAUGGAUCAAGUUUGUACUGCUGCAGAAAGGAGUAUAGUGCAGAACUUGGCAGGGUACAGCACUAAAUGCAGUUGGCAGUUUAAGGAGAAUAAGCUGAAAUAGACCACCUCUGGGUUCUGUGCCAUCAGCUGUUUAAGCUUCAUUUUGGGCUAAUAAAGCCUUAAUCACCUUGGCCACAUUUCUAUGUGCUUGGGUUUCCUUGUGGUGGACUCUUAUUUCUCCAUCAGAAAUUACUAGUCAAAGAGCAAAGGUAAGUACCAGGUAAUUCCUGCACCCUGCAGUUUAGUGUUUGCUUAGUAUCUUUACAACUGGAUUUCUUUCGAUGAUCCCAGGUAUAUAUUCCGAGAGGUAUCUGUGUGAACUGCACUUAAAGCACUCAAAUGAACCAAACUGGAAAACAGUGAUGUUCUUCUGAGCUUACGACAGAUGGUAUUGGGACACUUUUUUAAAAGCCCUGCAUCGAACCACUUUGAGACAUUGAUCAAGUAUAAUUAUAGCGUUUGACUUUUAUAUGGAUCUCGGUUUCCAUGAUAACAUACAAGAAACCAUCAAGACACUUAAUCAGACUGAAGAAUGAAUCCCUUCCUCCUAUUGGCUCCUAUGAGUAUGGCACAUUCCCACAGCAGAGAUUUGUCUUCACUCUUAAUGGCAUGAUAACUUGGCACUGUUGUUUCUCCCGCCUACUGAAUAUAUCAUAUCCCUUGCUGACUGAAACCCUAUUUUAGGAUUGUAUUAAAUUAUGUGAUAUAAAGGACUAUCCCUUUUGAACAAGUGAGCUGACUUCUGUGUACUUAGUCUCUUGCUCUGUCAUGGAAAGGACGUGACAGUGGAUGAUGGAGUAGUAAAUUCCUGCUAUCUGAAUUCCACAGGGAUUAAAUGUGUAUUUUGUAACUAGAAGCUGACAGUUGUUUUUCAAGGGAUAGGUGUGGGAUAAGGGUCCUCUUGUAGAGAUCUUGCAGCCUAGGUAUUGCACUUUGAAGUGUUUAAUUUUUAACUCCGUGGUGGUAAAUACAGUUGGAACUUGUUUGUAAUCCAUGCUGUGUGUGUGUGUUCUCCAUGCAUGUAGCUAUUUUACCAUGUUACUACACAGACAGAAACCAUCCCUGACAUUCCUUGUAUAAAAUCUUCACUUGUAAAGCUUCUGUUCCAUU